AUGGAUUCGACAAUUGCUAUGAACCAAAGCAAUUAUCCUGGUCCACACAUACAAGAUGAUUUACAAUAAAUAGAACUUGACUACAAAUAUCCAAGAAAAAAUUAGAUUAAUAAAUGUUCCUUAUUUUUCUUGGUUUUUCAAAAUAUUGUUAUAUUUACCUCUUUUUUGAGCGUAUUGCUUGGAAAUUCAAAAUAAUUGGGAUGCCCAUAUGAUUCAAAUGGUAUAUAUCAUUCAUUCUAAAAUGUUAGGUAAUAUAUGUGGCGGAAGUCAAGGCCUAGAACAAUACAAAUAUAUAUAUUUUAGUAAUCCCAUCACAGAUAAAUCUCUAUAUCUAACAGUUUGCGUAAAAGAAUGUCCGGUAAAAGAGAAUGAAAAUGAAAUAGAUGGUUUUAAGAAUAAAUAUUUAUUAGAGCUGCUGGAGAUAUAAUGUAUGCCAAAUCAAUUUAUUAAAUCUUGCAAAAAUACUCAAUUUAUUGAAGAUAAUGGUUUUAAUUUGAUAUACUACGAUUCUCUGAAAUUCAUAAAUGUCUGUUUGCCGACAAAAUCAAAUUAUUUACAAAAUGUUUUGGUUGGUUUAGAAUAACAAGAAGUAAUUAAAUUUUUUAAGGACCUCAAGAAUGGUGCUUUACUCAUAUUGUGUACAUUUGUCUUUUCUAUAUUGAUAAAGUAUUUAAACCUAAUCAUUUGAUAGUUAAAUAGUAUAUGUGUUACUGAUAAAAUUACAAUAGAAAACUAUCUGGAUUAUUUAAGUGACAUUAAUAUUGAUGCUUAGUCUAUAAGCUUUUUUGUGUAUCAAUAAUUAUUUUUUUGAAAUCAAAUUGCAAUAAGCCAAUAAAAAUGCAAAAUUAACACUUCCAGAAGUGGUUAGCAUUGUGUAAAAUGAAAACUCAAAUUUCACUAUCAAUUUUUUACCUUUAAUUUUGGGUAUUUUCUUUGCCAUCCUUGCAAUAUAUUAUUUUUCGGAUUUAAUUUAUAAUUAUAAGAAAUAUUAGACCAUUGGAUUUAAGAUUACAAUUGUCAAUAAUUUUUAUGAUUAUUCGUCUCAAGCAUUGCUAGAUUACCAAGUUAAAAGUCAAUCUAAUUUUCAACAAUUUUACUUCAUACCCAUAUUUUUCGGAGUUAUUAAUGCAGGACUCCUUUUCGUUUGGGUAUUAAUUGCUAAGUAAUCAAAUUAUUUUUAAAUAGUUCAAUCUUGACAAUCGGAAAUGUGACAACAGAUAGAUACCCUUUUAAUACUUUUCAACUCAAUUUACUUGCCUAUGCAUUUGGGAUUAUUCAUAUAUUAGGCUUACUACUAAUUCUUUUGGUAAUUUCAGGUAUUAGCAAAUUUCUUAUAAUCGGCAUCAUGCUUAAACAGUAUAGGGUUUUUGUGAAUUAAAAAUCAAAUAGCCAUUAAUUUAAUGAGGAAAAUUCGAUAGUGCAAAUUCUAAAGAAAUUGAUUUUCAAAAAUAUUGGGGUAAUAAUUUUAGGCCAAGUGUUGAUUACCCUAUUAUGGAUACCAAGAACAUUAAUAAAAAUAUAUUUGAGGAUGCUCAACAAUCCUAAUUAUUAAGAGUCAAAUCUAACAUAAAAUAUUCUAUCUAUAAAUGAGAGGGCGUACUUACUGUCUUUUAUAAGAACUGAAGGCUUUCUAUAAAAUGCAAAGAGUUAAUAUCUAUUUGACCAAAAACUAUUGAAGCAUACGUAGAUUUAAUAACAUGGCCAAUUAUUUAUGAAUUCAUGCUGUCUUACUAUAUCAAUUCUAUGCAUGUCAUUUACAUAUUUACUCUUGAUCUAUAAUAGAACAACUAUAAUUAUAGAAGCUCCAAUUUAUUUUCUAUUGUUUUCAUUUUUUUCGUCCUACCUUGUAAAAAAUUCAAAUAUAAUAAUUUAGGUUACAAAAUUCUUUUCUCAUAUUUAUGGAAUUACUAUUGAUUAUCUAACAAUAUUAUUGUAUAGAGAUGUAACAGUUGACGGUCAAGUUGUCGGAAAAAGCGUUAGAAAACCAAUAAGACUGUUAAAGGAAACCUUUUUAAAUUUAGAUGAAUGA